CCGAUCCACCAACGCAUAGUUAAGAAGAUAUAUGGCAGGGAAGCCGGUUUGGAGGUUAUGCAAGCUAUGCAAGACAUCCCUGCGUCCCGGUGGUGUUGCAACGUCUGAAGCAGAAGGAAGAGGAGUGGAAGCGGGCGCAGCGAGAGUGGAAUAAGAUUUAGCGAGAGGUGGAUGCGCGGAAUUAUUCCAAGAGUCUGGAUCAUCAAGCUAUUGAUUUCAAGGCGGCGGAUAAGAAAGCCAAGUCAUUCGUGAGCCAAAUUGAAGCUGCGAGGGAGGAUCAGAUGGACAAACGGGCCUCUUUGAUUGACCCCUUAUUCGCGAGGACGAGGCCGAGACAUCAACUGCAUCUUCAAGACUCGAUGAAGUUGACUUUUUCUUUUCUCGAUCGGUCUCAGGGACAAAUCAACUUGACGGAUCGCAAGCGCAUUGAAGGGUUUCUCCGGAAUUUCAUUCCGAUAUUUUUCACCCUUGAUCCUGUCGCGUUUGACUCUGAGUUUGUCGUUGUGCAAGAGACGCCGUAG